CCGCCGCCGGGACCGCGAGCGGCGCCGCACGCCGCGGCAGGGAGCGGCCGCGCGGGGCGAGAGGCGAGCGGCUUCCCCUGCCAGGCCGCGCCCGCAGGGCGACGGGACUCGGGGGCAGCCGGAGGGGCGCGGGCAGCGGCGGCGGUAGGGAGCUCGGCGGUGCCGCGGGCCGCGCGGCGGACGGGCGGGCCGGGCGGCGGCCGAAGGGGCCGCGCUCAGGCGGGCGCCGCGGCGGGGCCGGCCGGGGGGGGAGCGGGAGCGGGAGCGCGAGCGCGGCGGCCCCAGCGGCGCCUGCGCGGCGUGGCGCACGCGCGGGGCGCGCGGGGAGCGUCCCGUCGGUUGGCCGCGCGGCAGCGGGGGACGGGCCCCGGCGUAGCCGGGCCGCUCAUUGGCCGGGCGGCGCGCGAGCGGCGGAGAAAGGCGGGAGGGCCUCGGGCUGGGGAGGCGGGGCUUGGGGCGGAACCGUCACUUUCCCCACGCUCGCGGAUUGGCUGGUGCACGUGGGGGUGGGCGGUGAUUGGCCGCGGCUGAGGUGGGCGGGGGAGGUUUGGCGGGCCGGAGGGAGGAGCGCGCAGCGGCCGCGGCCCCGCCGCUCGCUGCCCUGAUGCCGGCGGGCACGGAGCAGCCGGGGGGCGCCGAGGAGCAGCCGCCCGCCCAGGGCCCGCCCGCAGUGGCAGAAAGGCCGCCGUCCUCGGGCCGCCGCCGUCCGCCGCUGCCCGCCGCCGAGCAGGGGGAGGAGUCCGGCGGUAGCCGGGUGCUGAGGGGCGGCCGGGAGCGGGGCCGGGCCGCGGCCGCCGCCGUCUCGGCCGCAGCGGGAGCCGCCGCCGCCGCUGCUGCUGCCGCCGCCUCCCGUCGCCGUAAAGCUGAGUAUCCCCGCCGCCGGCGGAGCAGCCCCGGGGCCAGGCCCGCCGCCGAGCAGCCCGCCGCCGAGACGCCGCCCGCUGCCAAGAGGGCUCCCCGGUCCGGGUGCACAGAUAAAGCGGCUGGUAAAGAUCCCAAAGAAGAGAAGGAGGAAGAGGAGAUCUGCAGCGUCCUGGGCCGCGGCUCCCCGGUGGGCACGGGCCGGCCGGGCCGGGGCUGGCGCAGCAGCAGGGCCGCCCGCCAGCGCGACGCCGACGGCCCGCGCGCCUCCCGCGCCAGGACCGGCUCCCUGCAGCUCGUCUGCAAGGCGGAGCCCAACGCGGACCAGCUGGAGUACGAGGUCACAGAACAGCAUCAGUCUCCCGCUGGAAUCAGUGAUGACGAGGAGAUGCUCAUCAGCGAGGAAGAAGUUCCCUUCAAAGAUGAUCCAAGGGAUGAAACCUACAAGCCCCAUCUGGAGAAGGAGGCACCAAAGCAAAGGAGAAAAGCUAGCAAGGGAAAGGAGGAAAAAGUGAAACAGAAAGAGAUUAAAGUGGAAGUGAAAGAAGAGAGUGAGUUUCGGGAAGAUGAAGAACCGCCAAGGAAGAGGGGAAGGAGGAGAAAGGACGACAAGAGCCCAAGGCUGCCCAAGAGAAGGAAGAAGCCCCCAAUACAGUACGUGCGCUGCGAGAUGGAAGGCUGCGGCACGGUCCUGGCUCACCCGCGCUACCUGCAGCAUCACAUAAAGUACCAGCACUUGCUGAAGAAGAAAUACGUGUGUCCUCACCCCUCCUGCGGUCGACUCUUCCGACUGCAGAAGCAGCUCCUGCGGCACGCCAAACACCACACAGAUCAGAGGGAUUACAUCUGUGAGUACUGUGCCCGGGCCUUCAAGAGUUCUCAUAACCUGGCGGUGCACCGCAUGAUCCACACGGGCGAGAAGCCCUUGCAGUGUGAGAUCUGUGGAUUCACCUGCCGACAGAAGGCUUCCCUCAACUGGCACAUGAAGAAACACGAUGCAGACUCCUUCUACCAGUUCUCCUGCAACAUUUGUGGCAAGAAAUUUGAGAAGAAGGACAGCGUUGUGGCCCACAAAGCCAAGAGUCACCCCGAAGUGCUCAUUGCUGAAGCACUGGCGGCCAACGCGGGCGCCCUGAUCACCAGCACUGACAUCCUGGGCACGAACCCCGAGGCCAUCGCGCCGCCCACCGACGGGCAGGGCCUCCCGCUCCUUCCCGACGCGCUGGGCAGCGCGGCCCCGGCAGACUGCCUGCUGCUGGGCCCCGACGCCGUGCCCAAGCCGUUCUGCGGCGGGGCCGAGCGCGUCAGCCUGGUGGCGGACGGGAAGCUGUUUGUGGGCAGCGGCAGCAGCGCGACCCCCGAGGGGCUGGUGAUGAACACGGAGAUCCUGGGCACCGCCACUGAGGUGCUCAUCGAAGAUUCAGGCUCUGCUGGGCCCUAGUGGGCAGGGAGCUCGUGGGUGCUGGGACGGUUUGGACUCUGUAUUUAAAAGGAAAAACAAAACAAACAAACACUUACUGAAAGAGAGCAAAGAAAACUUACAAUACUAGUAAAUAACCGAAGGGUCUGCUCCCCCAGCCUGGAUCACAGCACAUCUUCUUUCUCCCAACCACUUCUCUCUCCCACCGCUCCUUUGUAGAAGGGGCACGUGCUGCCAUUACCAGAGCAAGCUGGACAGAGCGGCGGAUUUCUCCGAGGGGGAGGCCCUACUGACACCCUUCACUCUGCCCCAAAGCAGGUGCCUUUCUGGCUCCUUGGCGUGGCCCCGCUCGCAGACUAGAAAGCCUUUGGUGUGCUCUGGGUGAGUUUUUAGGACUCCCUCUCGCCCCUGGUCCCAACGUCUAUGCAUCGCUGCACUCCGGUCCUUGCAGUCUCACUCUUCCUCCGCGGGGCUGGCAGCCCGGUCGGCACCUCAGGCCGCUGGGCAGGGCGAGCUGUGGGGCGGCGCGGCCCCGUCCCCAGCGCUGCCGCGCGGCCCGGCCGGGAGCGCGGGAACGCCCUGGCGCGGAGAUCCUGUUUGCUCGGAGAGGCCCGGGGGCCGUGGGAGCCCUGCGUGGGAGAGGCGAGGAGGAGCAUCCCAGUCUGACGACAGUAAUUUGCACUUUGAACAUAUGUUUCGUUUUUGUGUUGUGGUAACAAGAUUCCUUAUUUAUUGAUUUAAAAAGGGUCGGUAUUUUUUAGUUAUGUUCUUAGGGGGUGGGGAUGGAAAGGGCUCGGGCUGUUUCCCAGUAGGCUCCUUCGCGCUCGCGAGCUGCGGGGAGCACGUCGAGCCGUCGAACAGCGGCUGGGGCAGCCAGGGUGAAGGUUCUGCGGUCAGAUGUGUCUCGCAGCUCUUCCCGAGUAGAGGCAGAGCCCCUGGAGAGGAGCCGGUGCGCGGGGCGGCCUCUGCAGCAGUGUUGUAGCGGGAGGAUGAGGUGAGUGAUGGGACGGCGGGCUGCCGUCUCCCUCCCUCCCAGCCUGGGGUGAGCUCCUCGCACUAAAUGCUCUUUUUUUCUUCCCCUUCGCCCCCGGGCUUUCAGGGAAGAGCGUCAUUAGCCAGGGACUUGUUCUCGGGACUUAGGACAGUUGUGGGCUGCUUGCUGCUGGGGGAUGUUGUGCUUCUCAUCCAGCUGUGCCUCUCCAGGUCUAGACAGAUACAGAAGCAGGGACUGCAUGUGGUUGUCUCAGGCUUGUUUCUCCAAGGCAACAGGCUGACGUGGGGCUAAGGGGCUGUCAGCGUCUCUCCCUGGCCCCGUCGGGGGGGUUGUAGUGCGGCCAUGCUCUCGGAGCUGCUCUCUUCUGCGCAAACAGCCCUGCUGUCCGUGAGACGUGGCGGCUCCAGCGUCGCCGGCCGGUGUAGUUGGGACAGCCCUUGGAAAAGUUUACAUAGGAUACGAUGUGUCGGCUACGGAAACUUGGAUCUUUUUGCUCUUAUCUGAAACUUUGUGUGAAGAUUCGGUGGCCUUGAAUUGGUAGUGUUUUUGGAAAAGGUGAUGGAUAACCUGGGCUUUUUGUUCAUUUGCUUGGUUUUUUUUUCAGUUGGGUUUAUGUGGUUGGGGGCAGAGCCGAAGGAUCUUGUCUGAGCGCAAGGUCAGCUACGCUGGUGUGCGGCACACGGCAGCUGGGCUAAGUCAGGUACCUGGGGUCUGAGAAUGGCAAUAAAUCAUGGAAUUCAAUUGAAAACUGACCCUGAACACCCACUCUGUCCCCUGUGCUGCCUGGAACUCCAGCUGUGGCCCCAGCCCCACAGCUUGCGUUGGGCUGCGUGUCCUGAUUUGCCCCCUCCCCCUGUUACGCUGAUCCCUGCCAGAGCAAGUUGAAACACUUCUGGUGCUGGGGUGGUUCGUGGCGGAACAGUUUGCGCCCUGGUGUCUCACGCCCUGGGUGUGGGCACCCCGCGUUCUUGCCGUGGCAGCAGCACAGCUCCAGUGCCACAGAAGACAUGUCCGGCCACGAGCUGCUCCGGGGACAAGGACGGGGCCCUGCGUCCCUGAACGCGCGUCUCCUGGGACCCUGCGCGUCAGGUCCGGGGUGCUACCGUGUGAAAUUAAACCACGUUCUUCAGUUGAGGUGAUCCAGGUUCUUACUUGGAUCACAGCAUUGUGAUUUGCAGCAGGAAGCUUUCCGGUGGUCAGCCGGUCCCCUCCCCUUGCAAAUGGGGGAGAAUCAGCACCCUGAGACACUCAGCCCCGCGCUGGUGGUUUCUCGCCGGCUCUGCUGUGCGGGAGCCUGGGGAGGCCGAGCUCGCCGUGCGGGGCACGUCCCCGGCCUGGCCCGGGCCCCGCGGCCGGAGCCGUUCCUGGUGCCCCGGGAGCUGUGGAGCGGCAGAGCACGGCACAGAACACUAAAUGGAGAGUUGGGGGUUUGUUUUCGGAGGGAUGGCACUCGAAGCUUUUGGGUCAGGGACCUGCUCCCCUGGUGACACAAGGCGAGGGGGCUGCCUGCUCCCCUCUGCCCGAGCGAGCGCAGCCGUGGCUCCUCUGCCUCCCGGCCCCGCUCCCGCCGUGUCCCCCGUGCGCGCUCCUCGUGGCUCUUUUCCUCUCCUGUGCUCCCAGCGCAGCCCGCUGCCCGGUGCGGGAGGGACCGGUGCGGCUCCCUCCGCGCUCCGUUUGACGCCCCGCGCUGCCGCAGCCGUCCUGCAGCUCCUGCUCCCCUCGCUGUCUCCUUCACCCGCAUGCAGUUUGCUUCAAUAAAUUAUUGUAGUAGUUUGCAAUAAAACUUUUUUGUAUUUUU